ACAUAUUGUUUGUUUACAAAGACAUAAUUUUAAUAAAAUGCUUUAUAAGUUACUUCACUGUUAGUAAAUAUUUGGUAUAACUGCCGUUUCUUUUGUUACUACUCAAAUAUAUUUUGUUUUUUAUUGAAUCUUUAGAUUUAUAUAAAUUGGUAUAGAAAUAACCGUACCACAAUGGCUGGCAGGGCAAAAGAGAAUGUGACUCUGUUGAAUAUUAGUGAAAUGAUUGAUUUGGCAAUCGGCACCCCUGAGGUGGGUGUUGUUGAUUUCUGCAUGCUGCAAACAGUCCUACACUGCCUCGCGCAGCAGUUGAGGGUACUUGGCAAGAAUGUGGAGUUGAGAGGCGCUGUUCCAACGAUCCCAAGGGAGAACUCACAAACCAUUUCUGUUACCGAGUUCGCCGUUGACACUGAUAAGGACACUGGAAAUGUAACAUCAGCAGCAAAAGAACCAUCACCUGAUACGAUAUUAGUUGUGGAAAGAAAGCAGAAGACAGAACCAGUGGAACAAAGGAGGAAGUCAGAGACAGUGGAACAAAGGAGGAAGUCAGAGACAGGGCAAAGAAUGUUGACUACACAGUCUCCAUCGACUGAGAAACUUUCAUUGGUCACAAUGAGUAAAUUUAAUGUACUCGAGUCUACGGUAGAUGAUCUCAGAAACCGAGUCUAUGGAAGCAUGCCGAAAAAUGAAGACAUCUUGGAAGAAGUGAGAUCCCAAACAAAUUUAAAGGCAAUAACAGACAUGUGGACUUCCCUGAACGUGUCUUCACGACUUGAAGCUGCUGAAGAAGGCAUAUCCAAGCUUAGUUCUUUAGUUCAAGAUUUAAUAUCAGGCACGGCUGGUUUGCAAGACUCGCUCAGUCGAGGUGCAGCUAUCGGUCCUCCAGCGGCUGCCCCUGUAGCAGCCAUAGCAGCGGCCCCAGCGACAGCCCAAGACGCCCCGGAAGAUGCAACAACAGGCGCAUCCACUGGAUAUGAUGUCAACAAAAUACAAGAAGACAUGAAUCGUAUACGAUUCGACCUCGACAGCCUGACAAACUCCUUCAAGAGCAUGGAGCCACGUGGCACGGCGGCCGACGGGCGAUUCCCUGACCUGGCUAGUCAAAUGGAAAGACUCAACAAUCUAGAAAAACGGAUGAAAGAAUGUUGCGAAGAUUUGUUCAAAAAAGAUGGCCUUACACAAGAUCAGUUGAACUCAUUCCAAGAUCAGCUAGAACAUCUUGCAAAACAAAUGGCUCUCAACAAUGCGAACAAACUUUCGCCGAGCAUUCUCGAAAACUUACAAGGGCUAAUGGAUCUUUUCAAGACCGUACAAGAUAUGCAAGAGCAGUUGAAACACAUCCAGGAAACCGCCAUGCAGCUUGCAGCUGAGAAGGAGGGUCGACAAUAUCACAUGAACUCACUCCUGGAACAAAUCGAACUAUUGAAAACAAUAAAGUUAGACCGUGAAGAUAUGGUAGAAGCGAUGGCGAACAAGGCGGACUUGAGACUUGUGGCACGCAAGGUCUCGCACGACCAGUUCGAGAUCGCCUGUGAUGACCUCUCCAAAGGACUGGACCGUGCUCUUGGAAAACUUAAUAUGCAGGAAUCUUUGUGGCAACAAGCAUUGGAUGAUAUUCAACGAGAAAUUGAGAGCAAGCUGGACAAACUUGAGCUGACACCAGUGAAAGAAUUCUUCAACAACAAACUCAAGCAGCUGCAAGAGAAUCUCAAACAAAUGGUAGCGCUGCGAAGGGAGGCUGAGGCGGCUGGAACAAAGAGAAAGCUCAUGAGAGAUCUGAACUGCAUAUCUUGCGAUGCACGCGCUAUGAUGCCAAUGGAGGGAGAAGCAACAGUACCAUCCUUGCCACCUUUGCCACCUAAUCUGUCUAUGAAACCGUACCUAAGCUAUGAACUUGAUGCAAUUCGAAAAUCGCAAGCCUCUAACUUACCGCAGCGGAACAUGAAAGAUUGGGAAAACAUCGAGAAACAAAUGACACAAACAAAACAACAUCCUAAGCCGAAGUCUGAGCCCGGUGAUAGACAUCUCUGCAACCGUUACUGCGGUGGUUCUCACACGGUGACGACGGCAGCGCAACGAGUGGCACGUCUUGGGCAUUUCGUAAAGCAGUGGGGGCCGGACGUGGUGCCGCUAUCUUCGACCAUGGCAGCGGGGGAUGAUGGAAGGUUGUACAAAGUCACCGACAACGCAGGAGCGAACGUCAGUGUGGGGCCAGGAGGACCAGUAGAAGAAGCCCCCUGUACUCCGAGGCCAAAGAAGUACGACCAAGCCGCGCCUAAGCCACAAAAACCUUUGGAUCCAGAAUGCCGCUGCCUUGAACCAGAUAAGCCGUGAAGAUAGCAGAUAUAUUAUAUAAAGCCCCUCAAAUGUACAGUUUUAUUCUGCAUUUUUAUUUAUCCACGUUUCAAUAUGAAAAUAUAUUUCAUUUUUUAUUUAUA